CUUUGCACACGACAACCAUGAAGCAGCGAUUCUCCAGCCUGGACGUCAAGGUCAUUGCGCACGAGCUUUCCAAGGCGCUGACUUCGUUACGCGUUACUAAUGUCUACGAUCUCUCAUCACGCAUCUUCUUGAUCAAAUUCCACAAGCCCGACCACCGCGAGCAGCUGCUGAUCGACUCGGGCUUCCGCUGCCAUCUGACCGACUAUGCGCGCACCACGGCAGCCGCUCCUUCAGGUUUCGUUGCGAAGCUGCGCAAAUACCUAAAGACCAGGAGAGUCACCUCCGUCUCCCAAAUUGGCACCGACCGCAUCCUUGAAUUUCAGUUUUCCGACGGACUGUACAGGCUGUACCUCGAGUUCUACGCUGGCGGCAACAUCGUCCUGACCGACGGCGAUCUCAACAUUCUUGCACUGCUGCGAAAUGUCGAGGAGGGCGAGGAACACGAGAAACUGAGAGUAGGGCUGCAGUACAAUCUAUCGUUGCGACAGAAUUAUGCGGGCGUACCAGAGCUCACCCAAGAGCGCAUUCGUCAGGGCCUGCAAAAGGCCGUCGACCGCCAACAAGCACAACCCGAAGCAGCUGGCAAGAAGGCGAAGAAGGCAGGGAAGGAUGCGCUGAGGAAGGCGCUAGCUACCUCCAUCACCGAAUUGCCACCGCUGCUCGUCGAUCACGCACUCCAUGUUGCGCACUACGACUCGACGCUGAAGCCGGAGCAGGUGCUUGCAGAUGAAAGUCUGUUGGAGAAGCUACUAGCAGUCCUGCAGGAUGCCUUGAGGAUGACGAAAGAGAUCACCGAGCCUGAUCAAGUCAAGGGAUACAUUCUAGCUAAGCCGAACCCUGCUGUGUCAACCACAGAGGAGGGCUCUGAAAAGAGCAGGCACAUGUACGAUGAUUUCCAUCCAUUCCGACCCGCGCAGUUCGAGAACGCAGAUCUUGAGUUCCUCGAGUUCGACACGUUUGGCAAGGCUGUCGACGAGUUCUUCUCGUCGAUCGAAGGCCAGAAGCUGGAAUCGAAACUCCAAGAGCGCGAAGCACAUGCAAAGAAGAAGCUCGAAAAGGCGCGCAAGGAGCACGAGGAGCGCAUCGGUGGGCUGCAGAAAGCGCAAGAGCUGGACUUCCGCAAGGCUGAAGCUAUCCUCGCAAACGUACACCGCGUCACCGAAGCCACAGAGGCAAUCAACGGUCUAAUCACACAGGGCAUGGACUGGGUAGACAUUGGACGUCUGAUUGAGCGAGAGCAGUCUGCAGGAAACGCCGUCGCACAGCUCAUCAAGCUUCCGCUGAAGCUGCAAGAGAACACCAUCACCCUGCUCCUGGAUGAAAACACCUGGUCUGAGGGCCAGGACGAGGCAGAUGAGGGCGAAGAGACUAGCUCAGUGAGCGAGGAUUCUGACGAUGAGAGCGCCGACGUGAAGAAGAAGCCUACCCCUAUCAAGGUAGCCGCACAGCCGAAACUCGCAAUCGACAUCGACCUCGGUCUGUCACCUUGGGCGAAUUCGACCGAAUAUUUCGACUCGAAGAAGACAGCAGCCAGCAAAGAAGAGCGCACGCUCCAGGCGUCCGAGCGAGCACUCAAGAGCCACGAGAAGAAGGUUGCCGAAGACCUCAAGAAGGGCCUUAAACAAGAGAAAGAAGUGCUGCGCCCUGUACGUAAGCAACAUUGGUUCGAGAAGUACAUCUACUUCAUCUCCUCAGACGGUUAUAUGGUGCUUGGUGGCAAAGACGCUCAGCAAAACGAGAUUAUCUACCGGAAGUAUCUGCGAAAGGGCGACGUCUACGUCCAUUCUGAUUUGAAGGGAUCAAUUCCCAUGAUCAUCAAGAACAACCCCAACACUCCGGAUGCGCCCAUACCACCUUCGACGCUUUCGCAAGCAGGCAAUCUAUCCGUGUGCACGUCAGAAGCGUGGGACUCGAAGGCCGUCAUGUCGGCGUGGUGGGUCCUUGCUGAUGGCGUCACGAAGACUGGUCAGACUGGAGAAUUUCUUGCGCCUGGUGUGUUCAAUAUCAAGGGCAAGAAAGAGUACCUGCCACCAGCUCAGCUCAUUGUUGGGCUUGGUGUCAUGUUCGAGAUCAGCGAGGACAGCAAAGCUCGCCACCACAAGCACCGGGUCCAGGGUGGCGUCCUCGCGCCUACAACUGCAGAGGCGGAGGCAGAGCUAGCACAGGAGAAAGAAGCAGCUCAACCUAACGCAGACGCAGACAGCGAUGACGAUGCUUUCCCAGACGCGAAGAUGGCUUCAGACUCCGAGGAGGAGUUCCCCGACGCGAAGAUGGAUAACUCGGACGAGAGCGAUGCUGAGUCUGAUGCUGAAGCACCCGCAAACCCACUCCAGUCAAAGACUGCAGAUCAGAAGGCCGACUCGGAGGAUGAGGACGAGGAUGAUACUUCGCCUCAAAGUGAGCCCGCUGCUACUGGAUCCGACAAUGAUGUUGCAAAGCCGCAGGAAAAGAACAAGACAGAAGACAAGUCUGGCAUCCGGCACUUAUCAGCACGAGAGCGGCGAAUGUUGAGGAAGGGCCAGCUUCCGGAUGCUACACCCGGCUCGGCUGCCACCGAAGAGAACGAAGACGAUGGUCACUCAGCCGGCGACGAAUCGAAGCCUGCAACCCGUGCUCCAGGCACCGUAACAUCACAGGCCACCAAGAACAGCUCUGCGCCGCUCCCCCGCGGCAAACGCGGCAAGGCAAAGAAGCUCGCCACCAAGUACGCCGCCCAAGACGAGGAGGACCGCGCCCUCGCCAUGCGCCUCCUCGGCUCCAAAUCCGGCCAAGCCGCCGCCGAAGACGCCGCCGCCGAAGCCCGCAAGAAAGAAGAAGAAGCCCUGGCCAACAAACAGCGCCGCCGCGAACAACACCAGCGCGCGCAGGAAAAAGGCAAAGCGGCCGAAGACGCGCGCCGCGCCGCCCUCGACCACGACGACGACGCCGACGACGCCGACGCCCUGAGGGCCAAUCUCCUGAACCUCGACGCCUUCACCGGCCGUCCGCUGCCCGGCGACACAAUACUCAGCGCCAUCCCCGUCGCCGCCCCCUGGGCCGCGCUCGCCAGCUACAAGUACAAAGCCAAGAUCCAGCCCGGCUCGACCAAGCGCGGCAAGGCCGUCAAAGAGGUCCUGAGCAUCUGGGACAACGCGGGCAAAGACGCCAAGGUGCUCGACAAGCUCAGCCAGGACGUCGAGCGCAUCUGGCCGCGCGAGAUCGAGCUGAUUCGCGGCUGGAAGGAGCCCGAGGUUGUGAGCGUGCUGCCAGUGGCGAAGGUUAGGGUUAUGAUUGCGGGGGGGCGGCGGGGCGCGGCGGCGGCGGCGAAGGGGAAGAAGAGCGCGAGGGGGGGGGAGGGGGAGCAAGAAGAACGCAUGUAG